AUGUCCGAUAAGGAUCUUUCUUGGGAGAAAGCAACUGCACGCCUGCUGCAAGAAUACAGUUCUUUGAAUUGCGGGAGAAAUCUUGGAAGGGUCCUACAAAACGAUGUACCUAUCAGCCAAAAAGCCUUAAAGACCAAGGCUCACCUCCAGUGUUACGGAUGUGGUAAAUAUGGCCACUUCAAGCGCGAAUGUCGGGCACGCACGACUAGGCACUGGACGAGAAAGGAGCACAGUGCUCCUGUAAAUACGAAAAGCUUUGACAUUGGAAGUAAGGAGAAGGCUCUUCUCUCUAGAGAAGGAAAAACCUCAAAGAAGUAUGCCGUGGUUGACUCCGGUGCGAGUAACCACAUGAUGUCAGAUCAUAUCCUUUUUGAUAAGAUUGUGAAUUCACAGACGAGAAUAAUCACGCUUGGUGAUGGGAACAGUAUCAAAUCAAAUCAGAAAGGCUCAGUUUAUAUCAGCGCAGGGGGUUUUGAUGACAAUAGGAAGACGCUGAGACUCAACAAUGUACUGUACGUCCCGGGUCUGGACACCAACCUGGUUUCUUGUUCGGCCCUUGACCGAGAUGGAUACGAAACGCAAUUCAGUAAAGGACUUUGCACUAUAUCAAUGAAAGACGAACUUAUUUGUACUGCACAACUCGAAGAUGGUCUGUAUAUUCUCAAAUAUAUAGUCACAGAGGAAACAGCAGACAUUGCAGUGGGAAGCACUGUGGGAGAAGAGCUCUGGCAUUGGAGCCUGUGUUCGUGUGUGGAAGGUAAACAGUCUCGACUAUCAUUGUACGCCAGGAAGGAUACAGCGACAAAAUCGGGAGAAGUGAUUUUUACUGAUGUGUGUGGUCCACUUCCGACUCCAAGUUUGGGCGGCAAGUCAUUCUUCAUAACGUUUAGUGAUUCUUUCUCCUCUUUUAAGGAUGUUUUCCUUAUAGCGACUAAAGGGGAAGCACUGGAAUGUUUCAAAUCAUUCCAAGCCAAAUUUGAACGGAAGUACGACUGCCAAAUCAAAUUCAUAUACUCUGAUAAUGGCGGAGAGUACCUAGGCACGUUAAAAUACCUUGAGAAAGAAGGAAUAGAGUGGGAGUCCUCCGCACCGUAUAAACCGCAGCAAAAUGGUGUCUCAGAGAGACUCAAUCGCACUUUGAUGGAAAUGGCACGUUCCAUGCUAUCACAUGCUGGUCUACCAGAUAAAUUCUGGGGAGAGGCCGUAUGCACAGCCAAAUCUAUUCGCAAUGUCACAGCUGGUCAAACUAAUGAAGGGCGCACCCCUAUAGAGAUACUGACUGGCAAAGUCCCACAUGUCGGCAAUCUGCGUUGCUUCGGUUGUGAGAUAUGUAAUCAUUCGCCUGGAAGAUUCAACUCAAGGAAGUGGCCACAGAAGGUGUUACUGUCUUUUGCUGAUAGCAUCCAACCUUUGUACGGGAUAACAAUUGGAAGAGUUAAUUGCAGUGCCCGUCAUGACCUAAGGGAAAAUUGGAACUAUGUAAUUCUUCGUCUUCAUGCCUAA